CCUGUUGCCAGUUCUCAGUUCUCAGUUCCCCUGUUGCCAAUGUUGGUAGCACAUCGAACUAAAAACUUAAACAAAAAGAGAAACAAAACGGGAGAGCUGGGAGCUUGGAAGAUUUGGAGCCAGAAGAGCUGGAGAAACAGUGGCAACAGAUCGGAUCCGAUCGCUCCCAAGACUACCUCUCCUCUCUCCCAAAAAGAAAAUACCUUAAAACCAGUUUCUUUUUUUGUCUUUUUUCGAAAAAUUUGUUGUUGAAAGAAAAAAAAGUCGAGAAUUGAAGUUGAGUUGAAAUGAAGUGAAGUGAGCUCUCUUCUCCAGUAUCUGUGUGAGUGUCAGUGCCAGAGUCUGUUUAGCUUCGUUGCAGCAGCACCAACCAACCAACCAACAACAUGGCGGUCUUUGGCAUGGUCUCGGCCGUGUCCGGCUUUAUCAAGAUCCGGUAUCUGCUGGACAAGGCGGUCAUCGACAACAUGGUGUUCCGCUGCCACUACAGGAUCACGACCGCCAUUCUCUUCACCUGUUGCAUCAUCGUAACCGCAAACAAUCUGAUUGGCGAUCCCAUUAGUUGCAUCAACGACGGCUCCAUACCGAUGCACGUCAUCAACACCUUCUGCUGGAUCACCUACACGUUCACGAUACCCGGACAGCAGCACCGGCAGAUAGGAACGGACGUGGCCGCCCCGGGCCUGGGCAAUGACUAUGGGCAGGAGAAGCGCUACCACAGCUACUACCAGUGGGUGCCAUUUGUGCUAUUCUUCCAGGGUCUUAUGUUCUAUGUUCCGCACUGGAUUUGGAAGAACAUGGAGGACGGAAAGAUCCGCAUGAUAACCGAUGGACUGCGCGGCAUGGUCAGUGUGCCGGAUGACUACCGGCGGGAGCGCCAGGACCGCAUCCUCAAGUACUUCGUCAACAGCCUGAACACCCACAAUGGCUACUCCUUUGCCUACUUCAUCUGCGAGCUGCUCAACUUCGUCAAUGUGAUCGUCAACAUAUUCAUGGUGGAUAAGUUCCUGGGCGGUGCUUUCAUGUCCUACGGCACGGACGUGGUCAAGUUCUCGAACAUGGACCAGGACAAGCGCUACGAUCCCAUGAUCGAGAUCUUCCCCCGGUUAACCAAGUGCACGUUCCACAAGUUCGGUCCCAGCGGCUCCAUUCAGAAGCACGACACCCUCUGUGUCCUGGCAUUGAAUAUCCUUAACGAGAAGAUCUACAUCUUCCUGUGGUUCUGGUUCAUUAUUUUGGCCACUAUCUCUGGCGGGGCUGUGCUCUACUCACUGGUGACUAUCAUGAUGCCCACCACCCGGGAGACAAUCAUCAAGCGCUCCUACCGCUCCGGCCAGCGCAAGGAGAUCGCCGGCCUGGUCAGGCGCUUGGAGAUUGGCGACUUCCUCAUCUUGCACUUCCUUAGCCAGAACCUGAGCACAAGAUCGUACAGCGAUAUGCUGCAGCAACUGUGCGGCUUGCUGGGCGCCUCCCGCACCCCCUCGGCCCCCUCGACCCUCGAAAUGAACCCCAUCAGCCAUCCGAUCUAUCCGCCAGUGGAGAGCUUCGGCGGCGGCAAGGAGACCGAGACAUAAGCCGGCUAUCCCACCUAAGGAGCGGCUUCAUCAAAAACGAUUUCAAUGAUUUCUCAAUAAUAUUUGUAGGGGGACAGUAACAGAGAGAGAGAGAGAGAGAGAGAGAGAUAGAAAGCAAGAAAGAGAUAGAGUUUUGUGUCAUGAAGUUAGGUAUUUCCAUUUGUACCGCCAAGACUGUUGCAAGCCGACAAGAAAUCGAAUCCACAUUGCCCUUUUGGAGAAAUACAUACAUUUAGCAAAAUUAUAAAGAAAAUAUAAGGUCUUUGAAUCCGGUCCUAGGCUAGAGAGACAGGUGCAGAAAUAAAAAAAAUAAAUGAAAAUCAAUUAAAAACUAAAGGAGCUAAUGAGUGAGACAGCUACAUACAUCAGAGGGGAGAGACAGACAGACAGAUCUGUAUCUGUAUCUGGGGAGGGGGACACCGCAGACCGUGCAAUUUGUAGGUUGAAGUCGACAGACCGAGUACAGAGUAGGAGGACGAAGGAUCCCAUAUACCAUGAUGCGCCAUUUAAAAUAUACACUUAAGUUUAACAGUUAGCUCGAUAGUGGGCUCAAUAGGAAUACCUAUUAGGUAGCAGCUACACCUGCUCAUCGAUCAUCCGAUCACCUGAUCACCUGGUCAGGCUCACCCCACGCUCUCGAAACGUUGAUCUAUUAAAAAUUGUAGUAAUCAAGUGAAUAAUUAUGCGUAAGAUUGCGAAUAUUUAAACGAGUAUAUUAAAACACACACACACGAUGAUGCUCUCGCUAUUUUGUCCUAACAUUUAGUCUACAGAUAUAUUGUAAUUUUAAGGAAUUUUGUUUAUAACAAAAUUAUUGUGAUUAUUGCUAGAAAAGAACACAUUUUACAUAAAGCAAAGGCGAACCCAAGCUAUCUAAGUUCAAAGUUGUAAUAAAUAUUCUAUAUACAAUUUCAGCUAAA